AGAGAUCAGCGGAUUCAAACACCGCCAUGCCGCUUUUGAUGCGGCGACAUGGGCUAUGCUUUCGAUGUCCCGUUGGAUGUGCUCUGAAGGUCAUUUUGGCCGCCGUGGUCGCCAGUGGUCCCACCUUUGCCUGGCGCCCGGCCGUGUCGGUCGCGCCGGUGCCACAGCGCGGUGAUUGCGCGGCGCGGCGCGCGACCUCCGCGGUGCCAGAGGCCGCGGCACCCUCGACAGCAGGCCGCAAGUUGGGCUCGUUGAGCAUCGGCCUGGUGGCGGGCGGACUGGGCGGCGCCCUGGGCUUAGGUGGAGGCUUCCUGGUGGUGCCGGCCUUGAACUCGCUGAUGGGAUUGGAGCCGCGGAAGUCCAUUGGGACCAGUUCCUUCGUGGUGUUAGCUACCAGUGCUUCAGCCGUUUGCACCUACAUCCACGAGGGCUUAGCAUCACUCCGCGCUGCCGGGGCCAUUGCAGUGACUGCAGUGAUCAGCGCGCGGAUGGGUGCCAGCAUGACGAAUAAAGUGAAACCGAAGACCUUGAAAAAAGGUUUUGGUGCUUGGCUGCUGCUUGUUUCAGUGGUAAUCAUGGCCAAAGCUCUUCGCUUGCUUCCAGUCCACUCGUCUGUGACCCACGCGGGUGCCACUGCAGCUCUGCUACCACUGUCAGGGCUGGGCAUUGCCAGUGGAUUGGUCUCUGGAUUGCUGGGAGUGGGUGGUGGUACUGUCUUGGUGCCUGUGUUGGCCCUGGCCUUUGCCUUUCCUCAAUCUGAAGCGCAGGGCAGCGCGCUGCUAGCCAUGCUCCUUCCUUCAGUGGUGAGUUGCUCCACCCAUUGGUCCAAGGGCAACGUGGAUCGGGACCUGGCGGGCUUCGCUGUGCUGGGUGCGCUGCUGGGCGGUUUCGGCGGGGGCGAAAUGGCAGCACUUCUGCCGGAGCGGGCUCUGCGGCUGAUCUUUGCUGCUGUUCUAUCAGUGGUGGCGGUAAAGUACAUCAGAUCUUGAUUUGCUGCAACUAAUUCGGACCAACCUCGUCCUCACACGGAGGAGUUUCUUUGCCAAGAUGUAGGAUGCCAAGAUGGUGAUCCGUUGAGGGAUCCCUAGGGGCAGAAAUUCACCCCAUUCAGAAAUGCAGGAGAAAAAUCAA